AUGAAGCAAGUCGCUUACUUGGCUUUCAUUGCCGCCACGGCAUUCCUUGCAGUGUCGUCGCCUGUUGGCGCCAGUCCCGCUACCAAGGAUGCCGAAGCUGGCAACAAGGGCAAGAGCAUUGGGGACAGUGCCGGUGCUUUGGCCGACAGCAUUGCUAAACAUGAUGCAGGCAAAAUUGCACAGAAUGCCGUUGCACUCGCUGGGAGCAUCGUCGAUUCAGCCUCCGGUAAAGGUAAGAAGGAGGCCAGGGAGGCUGUUGUUGCUCCCGUUUUGAAGUCAGAGGCCAUCUAA